GCCCAGUAACAAGUAUAAACAGGAGCUUUAAAAAUCCAAUAAAUCAAAUAAAUAUUAAGUGUAAGGAUUAAGCCUACAAUUUUCAGUAUAAAAUAACCGGUACACGUUGAUCAGUCCCAUUGUACCUUUUUAUAAAUUGCUACCUACAUUUGAUGUGAUAAAGGUCGUGUUAUAAUGAGGUAAAUAAAGAAUGGUUAAUUAAAUCACAAUCACAUACUGAUCUCAAUCAUUGUAAUUUAUUAAUUGUAAUUUGUAAUAAUCAUUGUUGACAACUGAAACUCAGUUAAUUUAUUACUACACUUACACGCUAAAUUUUAUAUUAUAUUAUUAUAAUUAUAUGCUCAACAUUUUUGAAUUAAAAUUAUUGUGAUACUACAUGAGUAUGAGGAUGACAUAUGAUAAUGAUAUCAUUAUUAUCAUUCAUUGUGACUUGUGAUUGAGUUCAUUGAUAAUUGAUUUACUAAGACUAAGCCUACUGGAAUAUUGCAGUAAUUUUGAGAUAAGCCUAAACUGACAAACUCUUUAACUUCAGACUUUUGGUUUUUAGAAUUAAGACAGUGUUACCGUUGAACAAAUAAUUUGCAGUUUUAAAAAAUUUAUUAGUGAGAAUUUUGUUUAAGGUGGGACCUAACUAUGAUAGAAUGUGUUGUCAACGCUAAUUUCUUUAACUGUAGACUGUUGUAGUAGAUGAAAAGUGCCCAAUACUUUUUAAUUUUAUGAAGUAGGUCUAAGCAUAAACGGAUCAGUAUGUCCGUUGAAGAUUAUGAUUUAGAUGCAACUGUGUGUCUGCAGCUACAUGAUUGUUUUUCAAAACGACUUUUUCUUUCUUGAUCUUAAAAGUACUUAAAAGCUCCCGCAGCUAUUAUUUAGCUUUAUAAAUAAAAUUUGUAGAAUAAAAAAGAAUGCAUACGUAGGUGUAUUUGAUUAUGCUAUGAUCAAUGAUAGUAAUUAUAAAAUAUAAUAAACAUCUUGUAUCCCACGCCCACAUUACAUAACAACCAUGAAACCAAAUAAUAUUGAUUUUUGUUAUCACUACUAUUCUCUAGUAUUGUGUAUCUGUGAAUCUGAUGAGGUUUAUAUUGUAAACUGCCAAAGUAGACCUACAAGAGUAGGCUAUCCUCUAGAGUAGUGCCCUAAACCAUAAAAUAUUAAUAAUUUACCCUUUUAGUAUUUUCCUUUGCACAAUGCUUCUAUAUUAUUCUAUACAUUACAUGCAAAUUAAAAGAAGUAAGAGGAAAAUUGUAAUGAACAGCAAAAUUCCAUGACUCCAUUAGAACUGACUGUAGUGACAGAGGCAUUUUAUUUGGUGUGCUGAUAAUUCUUUGCUGGCACAUGCUAAAUAUUGACUGUCCUCCAUAACUUACUCAUUAGUGAUUUCACCUCUUAACUUAAGAGAAAUUACAGUCAGCAGCGGAGUCAAGCAAACAUUUGUGGUUCUAGUGUUUGUCACAAAUGACUCGGGUGGGGAUAUAGGAAAGAGCUCAGUUGUAAUCAGUGCAUAAUGGUUUUGUUUUGUUCGGGACUUCCCUAUGGGUCGCACCACGUUUGAUAGAUCAUGAAUGAGGGUUUGGGGCACUUCUGGUAAGGGGAAGAGGAUAAGAUGGUUGUUGUGAAAAGGUUAUUCAUUCGUGGAUUGUCAUUCUGAAGUGAUAGAAUUAGUUUUCAUAGCUGUUAAUCAAGAAUAGUCCUUGGAGAUAGGCAAGUAGUUAGCUGUCAACAAUUUUCAGAUUGUUCCAUUUGUAUAUGGCAGACUCAAAGAAUUUUAUAAUUGAUCGCUGUAGAUGUUUUGAUUGGGCACACCCUGAAAUUUUAAUUCAAGGUCAUUUUCCAUAACAUCAGGAAAUAAACAUAUUAUAUCAUCUGGACACUUAGAGUUGAGUUGUUUGGAUUUCACUAAAGUUUACGUUGUGCUUCUGUCUGUCCCAAUGCCUAGACACCCAAAAUAUAAUCACAGAGAGGAGCAGUCCUGUACUAACGACAACUAAAUUAAUAUAGUUUGUUAUAAGUCAGGACCGGAGCCCUCCUCCGCAACAACUGUUCUGUGACAGUGUUUAAUGCUUGCCCUCAAUAUGUUAAAAAAAAACUUUAAAAAUAUAUUUCACAUCAUUUAUUAAACCAUAAACAUUUCUGAGACUGUAUAAAAUGCAUAAGCUUGAAAUACAGGAAUAGUUACAGAAUUGCAGAUAAAUUCUUGAUUCCUAUUUCAGAAAUAAGUAACAUGGAUGUGAUUGAUGCUGUCCCAAGACCACGACGAGAACGGCCAAAAGAUUCAUUUCAAAGUGAGUUGAAGGCUAAAUUACGCCAGAGAAAGUCAGUAGGUUUAGCUGCAGAUGUCACAGACAGUGAUGAUGAUGGUUUCAAUACAAACUAUGGUGAGACACUAUAAAGCUAUAAUCAAGUUCAGUCUAAAUCAUUCAUCUAACAUCUAUUGUGCAACUGCUGUAAAAAAUAUAUCAGUUGAUUCCAUGCUUUAAAUUUUCAUUUGAAAUCUAAUUGAAGUAGCAUAUUUAAAAUAUAAUUUUUCUUUUUUUGUUUUGUUAAGACUAUCAAUCAAAUAAGGCAAGGCCAGGAUCUGCUAAAAGAAGAGCUGAUCACUCCCCUGAUCUUGGAUAUGGCUUAGGCACUACAACUAUGCGUUCAAAAGAUCUCAAAAAAUUAAUUGCAACUAAUAACUAUGAGGAUGAAGAUGAUGAUGAUGAAGAGGUUAUGGCUGCAACUUCUGGCAAGAUUUUUGGUGGAUCAUGGCAACCCAGUGGAGUGAAAUCACCAUCCCCUAGACAAGAAUCAAAGUUUUUACGUAAAAACACAAAAGAUCAAAGCAGCACAUUAGACUCUUUAUUUGGCCGCAAAACACCCACUUAUGACUCUCUUUCAAAAGAAGAGAUAAUAUUUGGUAGGAAAACUCCAAUUGAAGGGAAAAAAAGUCCCAGUAGUGGGUAAGUGUCUUUCAACUUUGAAAAUCUGUUAUGUUAUGUUAUUACAGAAGCUUUCUUCUAACUGUUCUUCUAUGUAAAUUGAAUUUCAUAUUGUAUUGCAAUAAAAAUUUAUCAUUUUUGGAUAAACAGCUAUUCUUUUAAUAAUUAUAUAUUCACUUAAACCAUACAUGCCAACCUGGGCUAGUUACAAUUAAUAAUUUUAUUAGGUUGAUAAUAAAUUACAAAAUCAAAAAUAAAAUAAAAUUAAAGCUAUUGACUUACAAUAAAAUGAUUGGCUUGUACCGGUACAAUUUUGAAGAAGAAACAAUGUUGUAAAAGGUACUAUGAUGAAAAAGAAUCUACACACAAAGCAAAUUUUAGUAAACAAAUCUUCGUCUGGUAUAGCAAAUCUCUAUCGUAAUAGUGAUAGCAAAAAUAUCUCCAUUUUCCGUCCUGUCGCUCAAUCUCUCUAGGCGUAAAUAAGGCCUGUUUCUGAGAUAUUUCUAGAACGGGCUUAUACAUUGUAUUCCUUUCUUGAUUUGUUAUGAGUUUUCUACAUUAUUCUAAUAAUAGAGCCCAUAACAAGGUCAAGAGAGACUAUUUUUAAUUAGCCACACCCAAGCAAGCUGUUGAAACUUGGGGUCGGCUAAAGUUCAUUCAUGUCGUAAGAUGACGUUAAUGUGUCAUCUACAUAACAACACAAAUGGAUUUGUAAUUAUGGUUUACUACUCAAAGUAGCUACAAAUGUACAAUGCUGUCUUAGUAUUAAAAAAUGAUAUCAAUCAUACCACGCUGACUUUCUAAAUUUAGAUGACCUUCUUAACCUCAACUUGGUCAUUUUGAAAGGACCAAUAGGAUUUAAAAUUCCUGAUGUCUGACUAUUAAUUUAUUGCUCCACCAAUUUUGAAUGUCUGUCUUGUGCAAAAAAUAUUUCUUUUCUAAAUCCAGUACAAAAGCUGUACAAAAGCCUGUACUGCCAUAGAACUUGGCAAGCAUAAAAAGACUGUACAAAGUAAGAGUAAAUCAUACAGGUUGGAAUGCAUGCUUAAACACUUUUUUUUCCAGAUCCAGCAUGCCUGGUAUGGAUAAACAAUGGCAGCCCCCAAGCUUCCGUAGUGCCUCACCUGGUAUAACUAAUGAGCAAAACAAAGGUAACCGAGCGAGAGAACACUUUAGACUUAAGAUCAGUGGUUCUCAAACUUUUUCAUUUUACUAGGUUUUAACUAGUAUGUCUUGAGUAUUGUCAUAAAUUUUAGUUCUGUGCAUUUAUAUUUUAGUAUACAAUAUUAUCUUGUAUUCUUAACCCACAUACUGUCAAUUGGAAACUCGCUGUGGUGUCAAAUCUUUUUUUUUAUAGUAAAUUUGAUUGUAUCACUAAAAUAUCCCUAAUUAAUUUAAAAUGAAUCCAGAGACCCAAAGAAGUAUGAUAUUCUAAGAGUAAAUUGGAAAAGGAAUCAUAUGGUAUAAAUUUUGGAAUUCUCUGACUAUGUGAAAUGAAUAUGACCUUGACCUUUCAACAGUUUUUAUCUUUCUGUAACUCACAUUCACACUUUUGGGUCCUUUUUAACAUCUAAAUACAUUUUUCAGACACAGAAAACAUUAUUCACUCAGUUAAAAAAAAAAUAAAGUUAAAUGGGUUUAUAGAAAUUAUAAAAAAUACAACUCCUUGGUGACCUACACAUUUCUUUAUAAACUACCAUCAAAAUCACUUCCUUAAAGAAAUUAUUCAAAUAAAUUAGGCUUUUUUUUUAGCAGGGACUAAAUCUGAGUCUUGUAAGCUAGUUCUAACCAAAGUCCUCAGAAAAUUUCAUCUCUAUUGAGAAUAAAAAAAUGACAACAUGAAAUAUUUAUCAUAUUAUUCUUUUCACCUGUUUUCCAUAUGUUUAGAAUCUGAAAUGCAAAAAUGUUUUAUUCUGUAUAAGUGAUUGCUUACUUCCAGUUAUAAUAGUGUUACUUUAAUACACAAUCGAAUUUGUAAAUAAAAAAUUGGCUCAUAAAUCGGAUAUCAAACAUAAAAAAUAUUUGUUGGAAACCAAUGAAAGCUUAACCACUUCAUUACCGAUGAGGUCGACGUCACGAUCACCCACUUUCAAUUACCAAGGACGUCAUAACAAAAAUUUUAGAACUUUUCUGAAACACCAAAGGACGUCACGUCGACGUCAUAUUUCAAUGUUAUAUAUUUCCUUAUUCGUUAAGCUAUAGAGAAGUUAAAAAGCGAAUCGAUAGAGAAUGAAAUAUACCCAAAAUUUCAUCGUUUUAGUUUUUUCUUGCUGAGUCAGCAAAAAUCGAUGCCCAAAACCCUGCGGUAAUGAAGUGGUUAAUAAUCAUUUUAUGUUUUUUAAUACCAAGUGCUGCUAUAUGUCACAGAGAAAUUACCAGCUAUUUUAUCUCAAGAAAAAACUACUUCCUGUUUCCAUAUGUUUAGAAUCGGAAAUUCAAAACACGCCAAUAUGCCCCUGUUAUAUUAACAUUACAUUUAUUUAAGUCUUAAAAUUUGGCUUAAGUUGGAAUCUCACAAAUACAUAACCCGGCGCUCUUUAACUAAUAAAAAAUUAGCACUGGAUAAAUUUAAAAAAUCAGCAUUGAUAUCAAAAACAAGGUAUGGGAAAACCCCUUUCAUAUCAAAAAUGAAUAGAGACCAAUUUUCAACAAGAGGGUGGUGGAUCCGGAAACUUGUCAAGUGAUUGGAAGUAAAUCUAUUUUAUUUUAGAGUUAUCUCCCAUUUAAAGAAAAUACUAAAACUUCUGAUUCAAAUUUAUAACAUUAAUGCAAGGCUGAUGAUCGGUUAUGACAGUUCGUGGGUUAGUUAAAGGUUAAUAGUUUGAUUAAAUUAUAAAGACAAUUUCAUGAAAUGUAAAAAUAAAAUGCUAAAAAUCUUCUUUGCAGGUUCCCCACGAGUCACACCUACAGAUUCAUUGCUUGAAAGCAUUUCUGAAACACCGCGAGAGAAAAUGACACCCCGGCUUCAAAGAGGACAAAAACCCGAUACAUCUCCUAGGUUAGCAUUGUAUUUAAUAUGAUACCGUAAACUCAUUUAUUUGAGAGGUAGAAGACCCACAUACAUUUGGAUGAACUGGUCUGAUAGAUAGAAUAAAUUUCAAAAAAGCCUUUUAAGUGUAAAUAAAACUCUUGACAGGAUUAAAAUAAGUAUGAAACAAUAAUUUUUGUUUCUUGUAUCUUAAAGCUUAUAAUAUUUCACUAUUUGUUGCUUUAAAUCAGGCAAACUUCAUUUGAUGCUAAACCUAAGCCUCAGGCACGUAACAAAGAUCUUAGUAGGACAUCACCAGCUAACUUAGAUGUUGAGAGACUUCUCAACAAAACACCUACGCUUGGCAUGGAGAAUAACUCUAAGAGAAGUACUCCGACAUAUGACCUUGAGCGCAACACCAAACGGACCACCCCUACUAAAGAUUUGGAUCAGAGCAGCAAAAAAACCCCAGGCACAGAGAGCAUUCUCAAAAGGACCACCCCAACAAUAGAGUUUGAGCACAACAAAAAGAGAACAACUCCAACUUUUGAAGAUGAGAGCAUGAAGAGAACUACGCCAACUCUAGAUCUGUUUGGUAGAACUCGUGCGGCCAGCAAAGAAGAGUUAGAUUCCUACAUCACUCGUGAUAAAGAUGUAAAGAAGGAUGUUCAAAAGCAACCAUCAGGCCGAAGCCCAUCCCCUGAGAUGAAACCAUCUGGACUAAGAUCUAAAACUUCAGAGAAGUCUACAAAUAAAGUGAGUUUUGAGGGCAAAAAAAGCCCUUCUUUUCUGAAGACAGUAAGUACAGAGAAAAAAUUUCCAGAGAAGGUAGAGAAACCACAAAGCCAAAAUCCAUCAUUGUUUGACUUAGUUACAGGGACAGGCACAGUUGCAGAAACUAAGCCCCAGGCAAAAAGUAGAAAAUCAAAGGCUGCGGAAGAAGAUAGCAUGCUAGAUGAUAUUUUCGGUUCUGGAAAAAAAACUGUAGUGCCUGCAGAUGGUCGUAAGUCUCCCGGAACACUGGGCAGAAAAACACCAGAGGUCUUGAGGAAAUCCUUAAAUGAUGUCUCAAAUACAGUGAACCAACCAAUUUACCAGCAACAGAAACCUGAUGAUACCAGUUCAUUGUGUGAAGAACUUCCCCCUGAUCCUAAUCGCAAAAGUGCUGCGGAACUUUCAAAAGCUGAGUGAGUUAUAACGUAGAGACUUUAGUUGAUAUUUGUGGAGGUCAUAAUUCUCCUACUUGAUGCUUUUGUUCUAAUUAUGGCAGCAUGGUAUUGGAGGCUAGAAAUCGCAUUCAUAUUUAUUUAAUAUGGUGAUUGAGAUAAAACAAAGGAAUUUUACAUGAUACUCAUAAAGAAGGUUCACUUCUGAUUACGUCUUGUCUAGUUUCUAAAGAUAUUUAUUGAUUUGAAAAUUCUUAAAUCUAACUCAGGCCUGCACAACAUACAGCCCGCAGGCACCAUAUGGCCCGCCAGCACCCACUUGGCGGCCCACGAAGUAACGAAAUAUUCUUUAUUUUUUAUUAUUUUCUUAGUAGCUUCCCCCAUCCUAUUUUCUUUUUGCCCGCACAGGUUUUUCAUAAAGUAUUGCGGCCCGACUUACAUUUUGAGUUGUGUAGGCCUGAUCUAACAGAUUGCAUGUUUUAUUUUCUAACAGGGGAGAGAAGCAUAAAACAGAAAGAGCCAGACAAGAAUCAUUUAUUGACACAGUUGCUGGAGCCCAAACUAUGGAGUACAUUGCACCAGCCAAGAAAAUAAGGUACUUGGUCGACUUGUGCCUAUAACGCUGGCAAGUGCCAUCCCGAUUUCUCACAUGCAACUGCCUGACUUGCCACAUAGCUGUAUCAUGCUCAUUCAAGGUGGCUAGAAAUACAACCAUCAAUAUUGUUAAGGUUGAGUUCAUCUAUAGUUGUAUCAUGCUUGUUCAGGGUGGCUAGAAAUACAACCAUCAAUAUUGUAAAGGUUGAGUUCACCUAUAACUGUAUCAUGCUCAUUCAGGGGGACUAGAAAUACAACCAUCAAUAUUGCUAAGGUCGAGUUCACCAAAUAGCAAACUCCCAUGGUAGGUGCGUUUUCUGAAGGGGCAGUUUGAUAAGUUCUAAUUGUUGUCAAGGUAUUAAGACCGCUUUCAUUCACACUAGAUGAUGACAAUAUGUGGGUGAAAAUAACAGAGUUCUAUAUUUACAGGGUCAUCUUUAACAUUACACCAUUCAAGACCACAAGUAGCACAUACUGAAAGCUCCUUGCUAACAGCAAACAAAUGGCUGACACUCCAAUCUGAUUCACGACCACCCGCUAACAACACUCUGGAACAUUAACUUUCACAUAAUUUAACACACUAUGACAAUUUCUAACUACAGAACUCUCCAAAUAUGCACUCUAAAAAUAACUCCUUGCGACCCGUGUUCACACAGCAUUUAUUCUUCUCAUUUGUUUAUUGUCAUUUACACUUUGACAAAUCACAUAACUAGCCCUAAAAAAAAUAUUCUCCCCAACCAGCCCUAAAAAAAAAAUUCCCCCCCCCCCCCCCAAACAAAAUCACUAUGUGCCAUCCCCAUAACCUGACCACACUCACAAACCCAGUUCAUAACACAUACAUGUGUCUGCAGAGUGCAGGAGUUUUCUGCUAUUAUUGCUCUUCUUUAUGAAAAAAAUAAUAAUGUUUAAUUCUACUUUAUUAUAAAGUUACCUGAGUUGGAAGUUUAGCAUGGCUUUCCAAGCUCUUUAGAAUUUUAUUAGCAAGCUUAGGUGGUCAACUAUUUAUUGAAAAGGAUUCAGAAAGCAAUAUUGAAGAACCUAUGGUUGAAAAUGGUCUCUAUCUGACUUAAAAUAUAGUGCCAGUUGCUGGUUAGUUGGCAGUGAACUUGUGAAAAUGCUAUUUUAUGUUAAUGAUUAUCUAAUCUCAUUCAUUUUUAGCUUAACAUAAAAAAACAUGAUCCAUUAAUUUUCAUUUAACAUUACACCGUUCAAGACCACAAGUUGCACAUACUGAAAGCUCCUUGCUAACAGCAAACAAUUAAUGGAUUAUGUUUUUUUAUAUUAAGCUAAAAAUGAAUGAGAUUAGAUAAUCAUUAAAAUUCAUUUUUAGCUUAAUAUAAAAAAACAUAAUCCAUUAAUUUUCAUUGUUUUAUAUUUUAUAUCUUGUUUUUUAAUAAUGAAAAAACUAUAUGUUUCCAAAUUAAAUGGAUCUAUCCCCAUUGGCUGAGAAGCCUUACAUUAAAAGGAGGUUCGGCAGGAGUUUUUUUAAGUUGCUAUAGUAUUUUUAUGAAGCAUUUAAAAAAAUGACUAGUGUAGACUUAACAGAUUGUCUGUUUAUGGAGAAGUUACGUCUUUCCAAAACUACUUUAAGAAAUAUUUAGAUGAAGCUAUUUUGUAUAAACAAAUGUAAAAAGAUUAAUGAAAACUGUAAUUCUUACUGCUCAUCCUCUCAGACCCGUCACCGCCAGUGCAAAAGUCAAGCACAGGCCUACACCUCGUUAUGGUACCUUGCCGGGGCAGACGGCAACCCUCACUCAACGCCAGUUCAAUAGCACUGGGGACAUCAGAGAUGCAGUUUAUGAGGAGUGGUAUAAGGAGCAUGUGAAAGCAGCAAGACAGAGGAAGAAAGUAGAGGAGAGGAAGGCUAAAGAGGAAGAGGAGAAAAAAAUGAAAGUGAGCCCAAUCAAGCUGUUGAAAUUUACUUUACACCUUAAUGAAAUUCAGGCAUCAAAUCAAACUGUUGGGAAUAUCAGGGGUGUGGAAGCUACACUUUAAACAUGGCUGUGGCUCUUAGUUUCUUUUAAAAUACUGCUCUUAUUUUUUUUUAAAACUGAGCGCAUUUAUCCUUUGAAUCACAAUUCUUGCCGUUUAUGUUAUUUUAAUGCAGUAAAUGUGUAGGCCUUAAAUAUAGACAAACCGAUUGCCUGGGUCACUGCAAUGUGUAAUAAUUUAUCUCUUUUUGUAAUGAUUUAAUUUCUAAACUGUUGCAUGCAAUGUCCAUAUUAAUCACACUAAUAUUCUUUUACAGGAAAAAGAAAGAAUUCGUUUGGAGGCUGAAGCAUCCUACAAAUCCUGGGCUAAGACUAAAAAAGAAAUCUCACUGACAGAGAGAGAGAAAAGGGAACAAGAGGAGGCAUUGAAGAAGCAAAAAGAAGAGCAGGAGAAAGAGCAGAAAAUAUUGGAGUCACAGAAGGUAAGUCAACAUUCCUGUCAAAUUUUAUGAAAAUGUUUCUGUAUUUCCUUGGUGAUAGUUUCAGGCCCAUUUUUAACAACAAUUCUGAUGCUUCAAUACUCUUCUUGUCUUUGAACUGUUGUGCAGUAUGUUACUAUGGAUUCUUAUUACUUUUUUCUUAGUGAGAGUCUUUUGAUUUUUCAAUGAAUAAAAUCAGUAAGAAAAUGUUGUCUGUGCAUAUUGGCAUAUGAGUAGAACAGGCAACUUGUCUCAAGGCCUCAUUUGUACCAUUGGUACCAAUGCUUUUAUCUGUAAGUGGAAUUGUAGGCCACGCUUUUACAAAAAUACAAAAACAGAGUGUUCACCACCCAACACUGUCAUGGAAUUUGUUUGACCUUGGGGUUAGGUUAUCACAACAUGGCAUGAAUGGCGUCUCCCCCACUGCUUAAAAUACUUAAAUAUUAGGAAAGCAUUUUUUUUCUUUUCACAUAAGUUCAAUAACUUAAUUCUUGGGAACCCUAGGGAAUUAUGCUAUAAAUUAUGUCUUGUGGGAAAGUGGAUUUUAUUCUCUAUACCUUAGUUUAUUUUCAAGUCUACAUCUUUAGAUGAUCUUGUAAUAUUAAGUAAUUAAGGGAGUUUUCACAUUCAAGACCUGAUUUUCCUUGAGUUUAUAAUGUAUCAACAACAAAAUCACACCCUGCCUCUCUCGCCACACAUUUGCAGAUUUUUUUUUUGCACCAUGAGCAGGAUAUAUAGUGUGUCAACAACCCACUCCUCACCACUUAGUUACACAUCAUAGAAUCAUAAUUCUAAGUCAUAUGUCCCACUUAAUUCUAUGUUAUAUUUAAUGAAAGUUUAAAUAAAUAUUACCGAUGUUAAUCUUUGUUUGUGCUUGUCUGCUUCUAAAUAGAUGGGAAAAUGCUGUUAUAAUACAUAAAAAUUCAAUAUCCCUAGUUGUUUAUUUGUCUAGUUCUUAUAUUCUUCACAGUAAUUUCCCAUUAGUUGACUAUUGUCUGCUUCUCCAAAAUUGAGAGCAGUCAUAAAUAAUUCAAAUUUAAUACAAAAUUGUUUUUUAAAAAAAAAAAGGCAUCAUAAAAAGAAAAAAAGUUAAAAAACGUAUCUAUCUCAGCCAAAUGACUCUAGACACUAAUAAAAGGGAAUGAGGAAUAUUUGGUUGUUGUUUUGUCAAAAAAUGUAGGUCUAGGAGUUGAGACUGCUUAGCUACUUAUAUUCUAUAAUAUAUAUAUAUUUUAAAAAAAAUUAUUAUAAAAUUUUUCAUAACCUUUUUCAGUCAUUUGAAUCUUGGAGAAAAAAGAAAGAAUCUGUUCUUAAAAAAGAACAAAAGAAAAAAGAAGCAUUGUUAAUGCAAACACAAGAAGAGAAAGAAAGAGAGAAAAGAGAAAAAGAAAAAGAUAGAAAGACAGCUUUUAAUGGAUGGUAAUUUUUUUCUGUUUUGUCAGAUUAAAAGAUCUUAUUGAACCCAGAUUUUUUACAUAAUCAAAUGACUUUCUAGCAAUUAGACAAUCUUGUUAAUUUAUGUAACUGGGGAUGAAAUCAAAGAAAUCAGUUCUAAUAAUUAACAUGCAAUAAUUCUUUCAAAUAUUUUGAAGUUGGUCUCAUAGACUACAAUAAGCUAUUGUUAUUUUGAAGUUGGUCUCAUAGACUACAAUAAGCUAUUGUUAUUUUAAAAUUGGUCUCAUAGACUACAAUAAGCUAUUGUUAUUUUAAAGUUGAUCUCAUAGACUACAAAUAAGCUAUUGUUAUUUUUAAGUAACUACAAUAAAGCUAUUGUUAUUUUGCAUAAGUAAAAAAGUGGAAGAUUUCUUGAGUUGUAUAGAAACAUAGUUUGCUGCUAUGUGAACAAGAAGGCUUCUCAUAGUAGCUAGAUGUCUUUGGACCUUAAGUUUGCUGCUAUGUGAACAAGAAGGCUUCUCAUAGUAGCUAGAUCUCUUUGGACCUUAAGUUUGCUGCUAUGUGAACAAGAAGGCUUCUCAGUACCUAGAUCUCUUUGGACCUUAAGUUUGCUGCUAUGUGAACAAGACGGCUUCUCAUUGUAGCUAGAUCUCUUUGGACCUUAAGUUUGCUGCUAUGUGAACAAGAAGGCUUCUCAUUGUAGCUAGAUGUCUUUGGACCUUUAGUUUGAUGCUAUGUGAACAAGAAGGCUUCUCAUUGUAGCUAGAUGUCUUUGGACCUUAAGUUUGAUGCUAUGUGAACUAGAAGGCUUCUCAUAGUAGCUAGAUCUCUUUGGACCUUAAGUUUGCUGUCAUGUGAACAAGAAGGCUUCUCAUAGUAGCCAUAUCUCUUUGGACCUUAAGAAAAUAAUUAAACCACUACUUUUUAAUUAAAAUUAUUUUUCAACUGAGAUUGUCCCAUUUCAUAAAUGAUGUACUGGGGUGUUUUCUAAAAAAAAAUAUGCAAUCCAUAAUAUUAAUUUAAAAGCUUAUGAUUCAGUUGAAAAAUUAACUAUAGUAGCAAUCAAAAUUAGCUUAACUAAAUUUUGUAAGCAAAUCUCUAUUGUCUUCUAUUUCCUAAAGCUUGCAGGGUUGUUAUUGAAAUUAUGUUUAUGAUGUUUGUGAUUUGAUUUGAUCAGUGGAGGCAGUGUACAAAAAUCAAACUAUGAUGGCUUAUGACAACCCAUUUCUAUGGAUAAUGCAGAUUAUUUGGACAUUUUAUCACACAGUAGUAUCUAAACAUUAUUUAGAAAUAGAAAUUUUAGACUAGUGCCCUAAUUAAAAUGCAUUUAAUAUCAUUUAGGCGCCAUCCAUAAAUGACUUCAUGUUUGGACACCCUGCAACACCCCUCCCCCCCCCCCUUUCCACAAAUUUUCCACACAAUUCAGACACCCUAAUAAUACAUUGUCAAAAAUUUUCGAGCUCCCCUAAUGCAUGACAUUUAUGGAUGGCCCCUUACUUGUAAAUAGAACUUUCUAGUUACCUUUACACACAUUACAAUAUGCAUGUAUAUACAUAUAUACGUCAUUUCAGGGAGAGGAAGAAAAAACAAGAUCUUUUGAAGCAAAUAAAUCAGAAGAAAUCUCUGAACAAAAGUGCCCAGCAGUUAAAAGCUGAAGAGCAGGAAGCCCUGAGAAAGAAGGAAGAGGAAGCUAUAGAACAAUACAACAAUUGGCUGGAAGAAAAGGUAGGACGGUUUUAAUUUUUAUUAGAUCUCUAUAGAAAGAAUAUUCUUCCCUACCCUGGAAAAGACUGUUACGUCUUUCAACCUAAUAUAAGAAAAGACACGAAAGCCUGCUUCUAAAGCAAGCAAGAAAACAUACUUUACAACAAAGAUAAAACUUUAUUUGACAAUAUCGUCAAGUGUUGGUGAACAUGAACAACGAAUAUCUUUACAUAGAUGGUCUUUUAAUAAAACUAAAGCCCAGAAUAAAAGUAGUUACAAUUUCCAAAGUGCACAAGUAUGAGUGAAAGAUGAGGUUUGAAAAUAGCCUUCAUAAGCAACUACCUUCAUAAACAAAAUUCAAAAAUACUUCUAGUCACAAUGACAUAAUAAAAAUAUCUGAAUUCAGAGGAUUGUAAUUAAGUUCUUACUUUUCAAAAAUUAAUUCAGUAUCUUAGCCUGAGAAAAUGAACAACACUAACACACAAACUGGAAAAUGGGGCUCUAUUAGCUUCUCCGACCCCAAUUUCAACAUGAACGUUAGCUUUUACACUGGUCUGGCUGGCACAUCAGAGUCCAAUUCAACUAUGGAGCCAUAGGGGAAUGUACUGUUAAGAUUAGGGGUAUACUGUAAAAUCAAAGGUGUACUGUAAAAUCAAGGGUGCACUGUAAGAUUAGGGGUGUACUGUAAGAUUAAGGGUGUACUGUAAGAUUAAAGGUGUACUGUAAGAUUAAGGGUGUACUGUAAGAUUAGGGCUGUACUGUAAGAUUAAGGGUGUACUGUAAGAUUAAGGGUGUACUUUAAGAUUAAGGGUGUACUUUAAGAUUAGGGCUGUACUGUAAGAUUAAGGGUAUACUGUAAGAUUAGGGCUGUACUGUAAGAUUAAGGGUAUACUGUAAGAUUAAGGGUGUACUGUAAGAUUAAGGGUGUAUUGUAAGAUUAGAGCUGUACUGUAAGAUUAAGGGUGUACUGUACGAUUAAGGGUGUACUGUAAGAUUAGGGGUAUACUGUAAGAUCAGGGGUGUACUGUAAGAUCAGGGGUGUACUGUAAGAUCAGGGGUGUACUGUAAGAUCAUAGGUGUACUGUAAGAUCAGGGGUGUACUGUAAGAUCAUAGGUGUACUGUAAGAUCAGGGGUUUUCUAUAGUAAUAAAUGAAGGUACAGGGGAUCAGAUGAUACCACUAACUUUGUGAACAAUUUCUCUGAACAUUAAUCUUAAGAUGGUAACUCAAAUAGUGAAAUAGUUUUGAUUUCCUGACAAUAUCAUUGUGACAUUUUAAAUAAAUAAUGCUGUGACAUUAUUUCAGAGUCUUUCUUUAAGCUGUAUCUUUUUUUUCUUCAGGAAAAGCAGGCUAAGAAGGAAAAGCAAAGAAAAAUGAUGGAAGAUGAAUUUAAGCCUGCUUGGUUUCCGGCAAGUCGUACAAUUCCAUUUGGAAGAUAAUCGAAUUUUGGGUCUCUAAUCUCUUCUUUUUAGAAAGCUAUUCAUUUAGCAGUAAAUUUGAUCAAACAAGAUCAUCGAAAGGCAGAUUGAUCCGACAAAUAAAUAAACAAUAUAGAAUGUAGAUUUUGUGUACGCACAAAUACUAAACAAAUAUAUUUGUACAAGCUUUAAAUGAUAUAUUUAUUGAUGGACUAUAUUUCUUUAAAAUACGCACAAUACAAUAGAUAGGAUAAUAGUUAUUGUUGCUGUUUUUCUUUUCAAAUGAAUUUAUCACAUGUGAUAAAGUGUCUCAGUAAGUGUACUCUUGGGUAUUAAUUUUUUUCAUGUAUAUUUUAUAUUAUAUUUAUUUUAACAUUUUAAGAGAUAUACUCUUUUGGAACUUUUACAAAAUAAUUUAUGCAAAAAAAUAAUAGUAAAAAAAAAACUUUAGUAAUGCAUAGUUAUGAAAUUAUUUAUGUUUUGCAAAAAAUGAAUUUUAAUGAAAUAUUAAAAUAGCAUAUAAUUGCACAAACUUCAGAAGACCAAUUUUAUUCACAUAAUCUAAUUGUGGAAUUGCUGUUCAUGGCUUUGGCACAAAAUAAGCACACAAUUUAAAUUUGUGUUGUCAAACCUUCACCUAAUUCACUUUUCAGGCCCUUUAAAGAUAUUCUUUAAGAAUGAUGAAAUUGAACAUAGCUUUAAAAACGCUUUGUUACUUCCCUUUGAACAAAAAAAGUUACUGUCUUGUUGUUGCUUUUUUUUUGUUGUUGUUAAUAUUUCUUAUAUUAUAAAAUAUUUUAAGCCGUCAACCGCAUUUUUUCGAGUUUUUGUUUUAUUACUAUUUUUAAACAGAUAUUGCCCUAAAAUUUUCUGUAAAAAAUGCUGAUGUAUUUGCAACAUAUACAAAGUUAAUUAACUUAGGAGAUACAAAACUCUACUCAUAAGAGAUUUGAAAACAUUUGUGUCAUUGUUGAAAAUAGAAAUAUUUCUUAUCCCAUGGGUGAGGGAUUCCAUGUGCUGGAAAGUGGAUUCACAAGUAGUUGGAGUAACUGUGGUCACUGGUAUUACAAUUUUUUGAACAAUACUUAUAGGAUUUAUAGAAUUUCCUUAACAUUGGAGGUUUGAUGGUAAAAUUUAAAAUCAAUAUCAUAACAGGCUUCAAUAAACGGGAGGGUUAUAGGGCAAUAAAGAAUAGGUCACGUUAUUUGAAUUAAGAAUGUUUGGUUUUGUGAAGAACAGGAAAAACUAAUUUCCAUAUGUGUUUCAUUUUCUGUUGAUGAGUUGUAACUUCUGUCAGCUGUUGAGAAAGUUAGUUCUGCCAAUUCUAUGUAUAUAGCUUUGUGAUAUGAGAAUGGAAAUACUUAUUUUCUUGAAUAUGAAUAACCUUUUUAAUGUUUUUGUAUUUACUCAUUUUGGUGUUACACUGACAUAUAGAGAGACAUAUCUUGAAAUGUUUAAUACCGGUUGUUUCUAUUUAUGGCUGUUUAGAAUUACUAACACAUCUACAGUUGGAAUGUAAAAUUAAACCAAAUCAUUUGUGAGUCUUGAAGUUGAAGACAUGACAUGAUUUCAUUAUGUUUUUUUUAGCAAACCUUUUCAAUGUACGGUGAACUAUAUGUUUAGGAUUUAUGUGUAAUUUUUUAAUAUUAUUUUUUAAAAGUAUUUGUAGUCUCUAAUUGAAAUUUUUGUUAAAUGUGAUGCUGAUUAUCUAUUUUAUUUGUCUUGUGAUGGUUUAUUGUUGUAUCAUUCCAUCAGUAUAAAAAAAAAUGCAUGAAAUAAGUUUCUGUUUUUUUCCAUACAGAAAGAGAGAUUCACAUUUACACCAUCUCCUUGGCUGAGUUGGG